CGCUCGCUGUCAGCCGUUGGCCAUAUUGUCAAACUGCUCUGUGGGGUGAGGAGCGGAGAACCAUGAAGGGGAAAUAAACCGUGAGCCGAAUCCACACAAAAGCCUCCUCUUACCGAGCGGAUUAUUCAGGCCACUUUCUUCUCCUGUCAUUUGCCGGCGGUGGCGUCUUUGUGGUUUUCGCUUCAGUUAAUUUUAAUUUUUAAUUGUGGAAUAACCCGCCGACCAUGAGCUGGGGAACGGAACUGUGGGAUCAGUUUGACAACUUGGAAAAACAUAUGCAAUGGGGGAUUGAAUUUGUAGAGAGGUACAACAAGUUUGUGAAGGACCGAACAGAUAUUGAGAUCAACUAUGCAAAGCAGCUUAGGAACCUUUCAAAGAAAUAUCAGCCAAAAAAGAAUUCCAGAGAAGAGGAGGAACAAAAAUUCACAUCCUGCCGAGCAUUUCAGACUCUUCUGAAUGAAAUGAAUGAUUAUGCAGGCCAGCAUGAAGUUAUUGCUGAGAACAUGAGCGGACUAAUAUUUGCAGAGCUGGCACGCUAUAUCCAGGAGCUCAAGCAAGAGAGGAAAAUGCAUUUCCAAGAAGGACGAAGGGCACAGCAACACAUCGAAAGUUGUUGGAAACAACUUGAAGCAAGCAAGCGAAGGUUUGAGAGAGAUUGUAAAGAAGCAGAGCGAGCUCAGCAACAUUUUGAGAAGAUGGAUGCUGAUCUGAACGUAACGAAGGCUGAUGUGGAAAAGGCUCGGCAGCAGGCCCUGACUCGACACCAGAUGGCAUCAGAUAGUAAGGGAGAGUAUCUCAGUAUUCUUCAGAACUUCAAUAAGGAACAGCAUGAACAUUAUUACACAAACAUACCAAAUAUAUUCCAGAAAAUUCAAGAUCUGGAUGAGAGAAGAAUAAUUAGAAUUGGAGAUUCAAUGAAGACCUUUUCUGAAGUUGACAGACAAGUCAUUCCUAUCAUUGGAAAAUGUCUUGAUGGAAUCACAAAAGCAGCUGAAUGUAUUGAUGAAAAAAAUGACACGCAAUUAGUGAUUGAGGCUUUCAAAUCUGGAUUUGAACAGCCUGGAGAUGUUGAAUUUGAAGAUUUCAGCCAGACUAUGAAACGAACAGUUUCAGAAAGCAGCCUCUCCAAUAGCAGAUCUGAUGGCAAACAGGACAAGUGUGGCAAAUCCAAAGGCAAACUCUGGCCUUUCAUCAAGAAAAAUAAGCUUAUGUCCCUUUUGACAUCUCCUCAUCAGCCCCCUCCUCCUCCUCCUUCCUCUUCCACACCUUCUGCUGUUCCAAAUGGCCCUCAGUCUCCCAAGCAGCAAAAAGAGCCCCUCUCUCACCGCCUGAACGAAUUUAUGACCUCCAAACCUAAAAUCCACUGUUUCAGGAGCCUAAAGCGGGGGCUUUCUCUCAAGCUGAAAAUGUUGAAUACACAGGUCUGGAGUCUGAUUGAGGGUUCAGGACCAGAAGACUUCAGUCAUCUGCCACCAGAACAACGAAGAAAGAAACUACAGCAGAAAAUUGAUGAGAUUAACAAAGAAAUCCAGAAGGAAUCUGAUCAAAGAGAUGCUUUAACAAAGAUGAAGGAUGUCUAUAUUAAGAAUCCUCAAAUGGGUGACCCCAACAGUGUGGAUCCCAGGCUGGCUGAAAUUGGGCAGACUAUUGAGAAAUUGCGACAAGAGAGUCAGAAAUUUGAGGCAUGGCUUGCAGAGGUAGAAGGUCGUUUACCAGCUAAAGCUGAUCAAACACGGCGGCAGAGCGAAAUGUAUGAGCUGCAGAGCAGUGCUGUCAACAACUGUGCACAGGACAGAGAGAGCAGCCCUGAUGGGAGUUAUACCGAAGAACAGAGCCAGGACCCUCAGUUAAAAGUUGCAGCCCAGAACGAAUUUGAUGAUGAGUUUGAUGAUGAAGAAGUACUGACCUCAAUUGGCACAUGCAAGGCCAUGUAUGCUUUCGAAGGUCAGAAUGAAGGAACUAUAACAAUUGUGGAAGGAGAAACAUUGAGUGUGAUUGAGGAAGAUAAAGGAGACGGUUGGACAAGAGUUCGACGAAAUGAAGAUGAGGAAGGAUACGUUCCCACGUCUUAUGUGGAAGUCUAUUUGGACAAAAGUGUCAAAGGUGCAAUGACUUAUAUAUAGUUUUAAACAAACUCUAGGUAAAAUAUAUGUUAGACAGGAUCUGAUUUACAUAUACAAGAGAAUACAACAAAGUGCAAUACAUUGUGCGGUUAUGCAAUUUCAUUAUUUCGCACAAUAUGAAGUGACAUUUUCAUGUUGCUGCGUAGAAGGAAGGGAGAACUCUCAAGUGCUGUUGGAAGUUUAAAACCAGUGAAGUUGACUCUAGCACAUCCUAAUAUCAAUGCUAAAGUUAGGAUUCGGAGUACAGUAUUAUGAUUGAAAAUUAACAUUCUCUGUCUGUGCCAAUACAAACAAUAUGCUUUUCUUAUCUUACAAACUAAAAUCAAAUCAUGGUCCAUAAAGAGGAAAACUAAUAUUUUAUCAUCACAAAAUCUAAUACAUCAAAUAAUGUGUUUUUAUUCAUACGCAGAUUUUACUGUAUUAUUAAAUAGCUGCAUAAUUUUAUUUAUUUAAAGAACAUUAUGAGUUUUAUGGCCAUAGAGUUCUCUAUCCACAUCCAUGCUGAUGCAGCUGCAUUGUAUUACAUUAUCGCCUAUAGUGUAAGUAAUUUUCAAGGUCAUAUCAUUGCCUUUUUCUGCUGUUUUGCUGACACCAUGCAGUAUUGUGACAGUGAAUGGUUAACAGUACUUUGUUAUUCUUUGAAACAUUCUGGGAUAGCCUGAAGUCACAAAAGGUGCAAUAUAAAGGCACUUUUUUUCUCAGUUUGUCUUUCUUUUUCUUUCUCUCGAUCCCUCUCCUCACUACCCCUACCCAACCCUGCCCCUCUACCCCUCCCCACCCUCUUUU